AACAGUUUGCUAUGUCUUAGAUAUGCCACUGCCAAGAUGGGCUAAGGUCUUGACCUGGCAGGUAUAUUUCUCUUUGCAAUCUUGACUCUGAUGACGCUCAUUGCCAAUCUGGUGUUUGUGGAGGAAGUUGUCUAUAUCUAUAGAAAAAUCCCCUCCUCCAAAAGAUCAAUCUUAAUUUGGAUAAAUGCCGCAGCUCCGGUGAUUGCUACUACCUCCUGCAUUGGGAUGUGGAUUCCUCGCUCAACAAUGUUUACGGAUUUCACAGCAGCAGUGUUCCUGGGGGUGAUAGUCUGGCAUUUUCUUCCUCUCCUGCAUUUUUUGCCAAUUAAAGAGUGCGGCGGUCAAAAGCUGUUCCUCAGGAGGUUUGAAAAUGGUCGCUUCAAGAUCAGUACAGGCCCCUGCUGUUGUUGCUGCCUUUGCCUCCCUGGUGUGCGCAUCACUAGGCGAACCCUCCUUUGGCUGAAGUUGGGCACCUUUCAGUUUGCUUUCUUUCGACCUGUGCUCAUGUUUCUAUCAAUAGUGCUUUGGACCAAUGGCAAUUACAGCCCUUAUAAUUUAUCUCUUGAAGGAGCUGCAAUAUGGAUUAGCUGCUUCAUUGGUGUCCUUACCAUUAUUGCUCUGUGGCCAAUUGGAAUCAUGUUUCAACAAGUUAGGACUCUCCUUAACUGUAAGAAGAUCAUCCCUAAGUUUGCUCUUUAUCAGUUUAUCCUCAUCCUGAGCCAGCUGCAGGCAGCUAUUAUCAACAUCUUGGCUAUGCAAAGAAUUAUUCCCUGUGCUCCACCGCUCUCCUCUUCAGCAAGAGGAGCAUAUAUGACCCAACAGCUCCUCAUCAUGGAGAUGUUUCUGAUAACCCUAAUCUCAAGGGUGGUCUAUCGGAGAAGAUAUGAUGACCUAGGACCUCCAGAGAGUACCCCUGAAGAAGGCAGGGACAACAAGGAGGCUCCUAAGAUUAUCCUGAAUGGUGCAGUUAGUGAAGACAGAUUGCUGGGGGUUUAGAAAGAUCCCUGUGCUCCUGCUCUGCAGGAGCUGGAAACUCAGCUUUAGGAGCUUUUAUAUCCUUGCACCAGAAAUAACCACUGCCCAUGUCAGAACAGCUUCUGACAUAAAUACCUGUGAGCUGUACUGAAAAGACCAAUGAGUAGAAGGGUAACCCUCUUUUUUCUCCAGUGAUAUAUAUGUGGUGUGAGCAUUUUCAUACUAUGUAAUUUAGUAAGAUUUCAUACCAUGUAAUUUUAUCCUGUUGUCAAACACUUAAUGGUGGCCAAACAGUCUCACAAAUAUGAUUUUUUUUUUCCCCAGCUAUUCGAAAGGCUGGGAUUUAGAGUUAAUCCAGAGUCAUUCUCUUUUCAUCUUUUUGAGUUUUGUUUUAAACCUAUUUCAGGUAGGCUGGAUCGCAGGUCUAACACAGCAUUUUCCCAUCCAUCCUCCGUUAGAAUUUAUCAGCUUUCACUCUGUGCCACAAGCUCAUUGUACCUAAUUUGGGUCAGUAGAUAUAUCUGCACAUGUUCGUUCUGAAAUCCCCAAACCUGCCCGUGUACUCCACCUACAUAAACGAUGAUCUCCUCAGGGCAAGACUUCAGCAUUCCCUGGCAACUCACCUCCUAACUCAAUAAAUACGCAGUUGCUGUUUGUAAACAUAUAAUCAACAUUGGCAGAUGUUCUUCCUAGGAGAGGCAAAUUCUCAGUCACUGGUCUGGAAAAAGCAAGUAAGGGUUAUAGUCCAAGGUGUGUUAUGUCACUACUCUGUGACGUUAUGUGGUUCUUCAGUUCUCUGCUUGGAAUAAUGAUACAAGGGAUCCUUGUGCAAAAGGUAUCUAUGAAGAUAAGUAUUGUUGAAAGGAAUCUUCUCCAGAAAAUUCUCAUCUCCCGAGCUUAUCACCCCACAUCUGUCCUGCCCAGGCAUCCAGUAGAACUUCAAGUAUUAUUAGACCUUUUGACUUCUCAUCCAUUAGUCUGUUUUGCUUAAAUCCGCUUCUGCUUUUUGCAAAUGGUCCUGACAUUCUUGGAUGACCCUAACUGUUUGAUUUAGUUCUCCAUAAUUUGUAAUAUGAUAUUGCGUUUACUGUGUUUAAUAAGCAUGUGGAUAUUGUGUUUGCUGAGAAAGGACUUGCAGUACCUUAUGCUAGCAUUUGUCUCUCUCCACAUCUAGUCUGAUUCCUAAAUGCCUAAUGCCUAAUCCAUGCAGCAUGGAUGCUUAUUCUAUAUGUAGACUAGGAAAAUGUUUCAUGUUAGAAAGUGUGUUAUUAUCAUCUUUUACCUAUAUUAUGUCAAAUACAAUUUGCCAUCAAAGCGGAGCUUGGCAAAUAGUGGGGUUAUAUUUAGUUUACAAGGAAUUCCAAAAAUACUUUCAGUUUGGGAGCUGGGGGUGGAAAAUGAAGUAUUUUGUAAACCUCAACAAGUUGGGAGGUUGAAUUAAACAAAAUGUUUUCUUCCUUUAGACUGAGGUCAGAAAUAGUAUUUUCAUUAACGAUAGAAUGAUUCCA